UGCUUUUUUAAGACACCAAACCCCCACUUUCUUUUCCUCUGUUUUCCCUCCCUUUAAUCACAUUCUCCCUCCCCCCCCCCCCCCUUCCCUUCCCCUUUCCCCCUUUUCCAUUUCUAGGGUUUCAUCAUUUUCCGACUGAGUCAGUCACUGACUGUGAAGUGAGUGUGUGAGGAGAGAGAAAUUCAGCAGGCAUGGGUUCUAUACCCGACCCGGGCGAGCCGACUCAGUGUAACUCGUUCGAGGAUUUCCAGAGGCAGACGUCGUUGAUGACGUCUUGCACUCUUCUCUGGAAGGAGCUUUCCGAUCACUUCAACAAUCUGGAGGAGGACAUUCGCCGCAAGUCUGAGGCGCUGAAGCGGAAAAUCCGGACCCUGGAUGAUCAGACUAAGGAGUCUCUUGAGGUGCUGAAGAAGAGGGAGGUUACGAUCGAGGGUUCGGUCGAGAUCGCUAUUGGCCGAGCCGAGGAGGCCACCAGGGUCGCCUUGAGUCUUGGAGUGAAGGAGGAGAGAGAACAUGUGGGGAUUGGUGAAGUGGAUGAUGGGGAGGGUUUGCUGAUGAAGUUGAAGGGUUUUUGUGUUUGGAUGGAUUAUGCUGGCUUUUGGAGGUUUGUUACUGUGAGGAAAAAGGAGCUGGACUUACUCCGGGCUAAGAUUCCUGUUGCGCUGGCUGAGUGUGUGGAUCCGCCCAAGUUCGUGCUAGAGGCGAUUUCAGAGGUGUUUCCGGUGGAUAAAAGGGCGGAUAAGAUUGAGUGGGUGAAUGAUUUGGGAUGGGCUUGUGUUCUUCUGUUGGAAUCGCUUAUCCCAGUUGUGGUUGAUCCUGUGGUUGGAAAGGACAGGUUGAUUGUCACUCCUAGUGUUAAGAGAAAGGCUGAAGGUAUUGCCGAGACCUGGAAGCGGAGCUUGGAGGAGCGCGGCGGUAUUGAGAAUGUUAAGACCCCUGAUGUGCAUACAUUUCUUCAGCACUUGGUUACCUUUGGUAUUGUAAAGAAGGAUGAUGUUGGUCUGUAUCGAAAGCUUGUUGUCGGGUCUGCUUGGAGGAAGCAGAUGCCUAAGCUUGCUGUUUCUCUUGGCUUAGGUGAUAACAUGCCCGAAAUGAUUGAAGAGUUGAUAAGCAGGGGACAACAGGUUGAUGCUGUACAUUUUACCUUUGAAGUUGGCCUGGUAGCCAAGUUUCCACCUGUCCCGUUGCUGAAGUCCUUCCUCAAGGAUGCCAAAAAAGCUGCUGCUGCAAUUAUAGAGGACCCACACCAUGGUGGACGUGCUGCGCAACUAGCUAAUCGGAAAGAGCAGUCUGCUCUCCGUGCAGUCCUCAAGUGCAUUGAAGAAUACAAACUUGAAGAUGAAUUUCCCCCAGAAAACCUCAAAAAGAGGCUUGAGCAGUUGGAGAGGGUGAAAACCGACAAGAAGAAAACUGCACCAGCAACUGCAAACAAGAGAACUAGGGUCUGCAACAAUGGUUAUAUGCCCCCAGCCAAAGCGGGUCGUUCGACAAAUGCAUAUGUAUCAUCAUUUCCGCCUGCUCCUGCAUUUGUCAGGUCACCUUCACACCCUCAGUACCCGGCUGGGGUUGCGCCUUAUAUUUAUGAUAGGCCUGCACCUGCUAUGUAUGGAAACAACAGCCCUCCAUAUCCCUACUCACCAGAGGCAGCACCUCCCCCUGCUAUGGCUGGUCCGUACUCUGGUGGACCUAUUAGUUACCCAGCAUAUGGCUACAGCAAUGGGAUGGCACCAUCUUAUCCCCAAGUUUACUACUGAUUGGUGACUGGUCUUCGAUAUUUUUAAGACUAGUAAGGUAACCCCAAUGACCACCUGAUGUCAAAAAAUGGUUUGUCUGUAAUCCCUAACCUUAUGAUGGUAGCGAUGUGUGUGUUUAUUACCAAAAAUUCUGUAUUUUCUAAUGUUAAUCAAACUGAUAGCUCUAGGUGUUGUGAAAAAGUAACUAGGACCAACAAGUUUUAAUGAUAUCAAGGGCAUAGCUGAACCCUGAAUUUAGUA